UGUGUGGUCAGAUUGCGUCUCAGUACGAUUUUGCUGUGUCACUCUCAGCAGUCAGCUGUCAAGAAAAAGCAGUAAGCAAUGAAUUUAUCGGAACAUCCAUGUGACCUUACUUGUGUAACAAAAAGAGAAGUCAAAGAAUACUUCCAAAACACCUACGAUGUAUACGAAGACCUGUUUCGAGGAAUAAAAGACGAAGAAGCAUACUACAAGUACCCAGACGCUCUUCGUCUUCCUUUGAUUUUCUAUUAUGGACACACAGCCUCGGUAUACAUMAACAAGCUGAUGUUAGCUGGUCUGAUUAAGGAACGAGUCAAUUUUGAAUAUGAAUCCUUGUUUGAAACUGGCGUUGACGAGAUGUCCUGGGAUGACACGGAAAACUACCGUAUGGGGGACAAGUUCGUUUGGCCAUCUCUAGAUGACGUACAACGAUACAGAGAUGACGUACGUGCCCUGAUUUUGAACUUGAUCGAAACCAAACCCAUGGAGACACCAGUCACGCAAGACAGUCCCUGGUGGUCCCUGUUUAUGGGAAUGGAGCACGAAAGGAUCCAUCUUGAGACGUCAUCAGUGUUGAUCCGACAGCUGCCAAUCAAAUACGUCGAGAAGCCACCUAAUUGGACGUAUGGCCCACUAAAACCAGACAAGCCAGUUAACAAGAAUUCAAUGUUGCAAGUCCAUAAUAAGAAAGUGAUAAUCGGUAAACCACGUGACUUUCCCUCCUAUGGAUGGGACAAUGAAUACGGCCAUUGGACUGUCAGAGUACCCGAGUUUGAAGCGUCCAAGUACCUUAUAACCAAUCGUGAGUUUCUCGAGUUUGUGAACGAUGGCGGAUAUCAAAACAAAGAGAAUUGGUCCAAGCAAGGUUGGAAAUGGCUGACGUUCCGGAAAGCAAAACACCCCACAUUUUGGGUCUGUAAUCAAGCCUGCAAGAGUGGGUGUGGCAGUGAUUUGUCGAGCUACUCACACUGUUGCCAAGAAACAGAUAAAAAUCAAAAUGGUUUUGUCUCCAUGGUAACAAAUGGCCACCUGAAUGCCUUCGGUGCUUAUUACAGAUAUCGUGCAACGUUUGACGUCAUCGACAUGCCUCUCGACUGGCCUGUAGAGGUUAACUUCUACGAAGCCAAAGCUUACUGYACUUGGAAAGGAUCUGAUUACAGAUUGUUAACCGAGGCCGAAUACCAUGCUAUUAGGGGACCACAGGUACCUUAUUGUUGGAAAUGGCUGACGUUCCGGAAAGCAAAACACCCCACAUUUUGGGUCUGUAAUCAAGCCUGCAAGAGUGGGUGUGGCAGUGAUUUGUCGAGCUACUCACACUGUUGCCAAGAAACAGAUAAAAAUCAAAAUGGUUUUGUCUCCAUGGUAACAAAUGGCCACCUGAAUGCCUUCGGUGCUUAUUACAGAUAUCGUGCAACGUUUGACGUCAUCGACAUGCCUCUCGACUGGCCUGUAGAGGUUAACUUCUACGAAGCCAAAGCUUACUGYACUUGGAAAGGAUCUGAUUACAGAUUGUUAACCGAGGCCGAAUACCAUGCUAUUAGGGGACCACAGAAACCCGUUUCUAUGGGAACAAAGUCUGACCCAAUCUACGACAAGAAUUUCAAGGCAAACAUUAACUUAAAAUACGCCUCUUCUACGUUUUGGUUUUCGUCCACAUUUCUUCCAGCAUCUUGGAUUUCGCCUGGCGCGUUCAGUUACCUSCAACCCUUCCCCCGUGCGUCACAUUAGUAACAAAGUGUUUGUGCUUGGACUAGGAGAGCAAGAUAAUUUAAGACAAGUGCCAGGAAUCAAAGGAGAUGAAGGCAGUGUUCAAAGCAYGAACAGUCAAUACACUGUCGACAAUGAAGACUUUGUCCGUCAAGAAGUGACGCAAUACUAUGAAAGUGAAGUCGUUGGCGUCGAUUGCUGUGCCCGAGCGAUUGAUGUUGCAGUCAGGCUUCAAAACGGAGAGGAAAUUCAAGUCGACACUGGUCGUCAAAAUAUACUCAUAGAUGUACCACAAGAUACUGAUCGAGACAAAGUUGUAUUCAAACAG